AUGGAUCGGUACAGAAGCCCCACAUGGACGGCAUCGCCAAUUGAAAGGCCCGAGGGGAAGCGGCUGCGGAGGAAGACGCAAAAGAUAGGCCAGCAGUGCAGUUAUCAGGACAACCAUAGCGACGCUAGGACUACUGCAGCUUGCGCUUCCAGGGCUAGAUUCAACACAUAUGAAUGCGCGAGCCCUACGCAGCAGCUCUCUUUACCGUUGCCCGCUGACCACGCCAAUGGCCGAUGGCUCGAGCAGCUUUGCAGGAGUGGAACUCUCUGUCACGAAGACCAUUCUAUGCGAUCUGAAAGGUCGCAGCUGCGUCCGACCAGUGUUGUGAUUCCCGAGUUUGCAUACCUCAGCAUCGAUGAUGUGAUUUCAAGAAAAUCGCUCGAACAGGCCACAGAUUCUCCCUGCUUCACCGCAUCGUCCCCCCGUCCGAGAACGAGGAGGUACGCCAAAACGCCCGUGUACCAUAUCGGUCAACUGGAAGGGGCUUCAGUGCGAGACCCCGCGACGGCGCAGAAUGUCUCGAGCGUCGAGCACAUCGCCGAGUCGUACAGAGCGCUGGUCGAAUCGGGUUGCUCUCUGCUGCGCGACCCGACUCCUGAACCUUCGCCUCUGCCGCUGAAGCACAGCUACGAAACAUGUGUGGCAGGGGACUACGGUGCAGAUAACUUUUCAUUAAAAACGGCGGUAGAAUUCUCGGAACUCCCGCCCAUUAUCCCGCCCAUCAUGGAUUCCCCCACAUCGGACGACGGCACUUUGGUCGCUUCAGAGGAGGACGCCACUUACUUCAAACCCGUCUCAUUCUCACCACCACCAUCGUCGCAUCAAUCAUCGCCGCGGCAGACGUAUGAACAUCAGGAACCAGAUCCUACGCCAGUAUCUUCACCAGAUAGUCCGAGCUUACAGAUAUGCUUCGAUCUCCUGACUCGGGAGCUGUCGUCGGCAGUGAGCGCCUCACCGGUGCGACCCAGUGCCGAGACGUCAGCGCUGCAGAUUUGGGUCAUGAUAGAAGCCUACGAGAGGCUAAGAGACCAACUGCUUAUUAUGCAGCUGGGAGAUAUUCAAACAAGUCUUAUGGAAGCCAUAUUCGAUAUGUGGCUCAGGACGCUAUACACGAUUCAUGAUAAGAUGACAGGACGAUAUCGACUGGGGAGUGAGAGUGUUUAUGGGGGUUUGGAGGCGGAAGAUGUGGAUUAA